AUUUAACACUUCCAAGCCGCCGAUUCUAGUUUUGACGCUACGUUUCUCGUAUGAGCUCAGGAACUAAGUCCUUGAAAAGGAAACCUGAUGAGCCUGUUAGUGAUCAGGCUGCAAAUAAACCAACCGACAAUACAAAAGGGGUUUCGAAACGUCCCUUGUCUAUAAGUCCUAUCAAACUAAACAUACCUGCACAGGAACCUCUACCGGAAAUACCAAAACGUGUGAAUAGCAAACUUCGUGAAAUCUUCAAUUCAGAUGAAGAAGUGAGUUUGUUAGAUGCCAUAGCAUACACGUCUUCAGAGUGAAGAAGAGGAAAUUCCGACGGAAGCCAGAAUACGGAUGCGAAAUUUAGGAAGGUACUGCUUUGAAAUUUUGUUCGUGAGUUCUCUGUAUCCGCCUAUUUAGUAGGCGAAUCUUAGUACUUAUCAUUAAUAGGUGAUGAAAUAUUUUGUAAUAGUUCAGCAGCUGUUUUAGGCGUUGAUUAAGUCUACAAAGUACUAGGUAUAGAAACCGUUUUCGAUGCUUCAUCCGAAUUCAGUGGAGAAGUAUAGUUGGACCGAUAAGCUAAUCGUAUUCGUGAUAGGUCUUGCCGUUUUAUAAAACACUAACUGCUAGCUUGAGACAUGUUAGCUGCUUAUUUCAAGUUUUUAGGAUAUUGAGCAUUAGUACUUGGUUAUAUUAGGCAUUGACGACUAUGGUAUUUCGGUCGCUAGUGUCUCUCUGUGUGUAAUAAAUCCCCCAAUUUAUCUGCGGUAACGGACCGAUUUUCUUGACAUUCUUUAUCUACUUCACGGGCAGGAGAACAACAGUGGCACCACAUAAAUGCAGAUACUUGUUGACUUCUUUAUGUAUUGUGUUCAGAGAUAAUGCAUUUUUAAAGGCGAACCGACAGAUAUCUUGUGUUUUCCGGCAUAAUUGUUGCAUUUUGUCACUAUUAGUACAAUGGUUAGUAAUUGGAUCAUUAAAAUGACUUUAUAUGGUACCUGCCGCUAGUGCACGUUGCAUGUCCCCCACCUCUAUACAAGUUUGAAAACGUGGGAUUGUUUACUGACGCUCUUAUGCAUCUUGCUUAACAGGGAUAGUUUGGCAGUCUGCACAUAUGAAAUGAAAGGUUUCCCCGGUGUGGAAAUACUUAACUUCUAAACUUCUUUAUCUACCACCAGCAAGCUGUUUAAAGUAAUAAAUGGCAUCAGCAUUCAAGGAAAUACUGAAUGAACUUGAUAGAUGGUGAUCCUAAACUGAUCAUAUUAAUACUGUAUAUGUAACACUAUCUUGACAAGGUUCAGUUACUAGUUCGUAACAUGAAUUUGACUGGAAGAUCUGUGAUUAUAAGGUCCUACCUACAGUCACUGAUUUCAUAAAUUAAUAGUGUCCCGGUUCGGCUAGACUAAACUCUGCAUUACGAUUAUCAUGAAGAAGGCGGGCAACUCGGGAUGAUUGGACUACUGGACGAAGAUAUUUAACUCUUUUGACUGACUACUCUGUUUACAAAACACAGUACAUAUGUUAGUACCAUUAAUCACUCUGCAUUUCCUUCACAUAUAAGCAGUCGUAAACGUCAAAUCAGACUGUCGGUCACAGGACGUAUGUACUACACAGCAGUCCACCUCCACUAUGUUUUUGAAAUAUGGCCGUUAAAAUUAAAAGACCUGAGGGGGUUACCUCUCUUUGAUUACAAACGUUCACGUUUUGUUCCCGUGUUAGAUGGCACCAUAUGUUGAGAAAUAUCGAGUUUAGGUAUUGCGGGAAAGUCAGUCGACGGAGUCGAAAAGCUACAUCGAUUAAAGUGGCUAGUAGGGAUGUCAGGGAGCCACUGACUUUUUCGACGGAAAAUGCUAGUUGACAUAAGAUUGAGUUGGAAAAUAGUCAGUUGUGGUCAAAACAAAACUUGUCACUGUCCUAUGAAUUCCUUUGUAAGCUGGUUGGAGCGCUGUAAAGAGGUGUAGACUACUUGGUUGGGAUCCUAGAAAAGCCAAGGGCUGAUAUUUUACUCAAUAGUGCAUGUGCACUCUCUAUGAAUCUCUAGAUCCGCCAUGUUCCCAUUUACUUCUUUCUCCCGUACGUUUGUAUUUUUGCCUGUGUGCCCUACAGAAGAUGGCACCCUUGUGAAAAGUUCUACAGUCGUAUGAAGAUACUUAAGACUUAUAUAUUCCAUCUCCAGGACCCAAUUUUUACAACUGUUAAAUAAGAUAGAAUGCAUCGACCCUUGCGGUAGAUAUUUCACCGAGCCGUAGGACUAAGUUCGCAAAUGUUACACAAGCUUUCUGUUUUUAUCUAGAAAUCUUACCACUUAUCAAUAGAGUUGAUAUCCGCCGAAUGAAUGAAGUCAGUAACUUCGGGUCCUACCAUUAAACUGUGGGUCGGUGACGACAAGGUUCGGAUCUAAAUCUUGCAUUUGACAAAUGCAGGGAAAAUGUUAAACAUGCCUAUUUCCAGUCGAUAUGUUGAAAUCUACAUACUUAAAUGAUUAAACUGAAUGAAGGUAAGGUAGAUCCUUUCUAGUUGGAAAGGAAGAGUCACCUUGACUAGAACAUUUGCAACCUCAAUAACUGGUGUAUCUAGUUUGGGUUCAUAACACUUGGAAUCAUUUAUGCGCAUGAUGAUGGCAACGGAACACUGUUUUACGGACGAGCUAAACAUAUAUACCUAACUACUUUUAGAUACACUCCAACUUCUUGUGGACCGAAUUCUUUCGGAAAAGGAAGGUUUGGUUUCGUUGAUCGAAGGGCGUUGCUUAACAGACAAACAGAAGCGUUAAAUGCAGCCGUUUCAGAGGACAAUAACCGCUAAAAACCCUUAUUCUUAAAUAAUUUCACAAGGCUAAUGACACAUAACUAACAAUGCUACUUUGUUGUGUUUGGGGUUUA